AUCUUGUGUACACAGCAUAUACAGCAUGCCAAAGCAAAGCCUUCCAGGAAUGCAGUGUGGUCCUUAGGGCGAAGACUAUUUGAGUUACUCUCCUUCCUUGAACACCGAGGUGCUUAAUAAAUGUUUGUUGAUUGACUUAGCGAUAUGCAGCAAUCCCAAGUAGUCCUUUGAUGGUUGGUUUUAAAAAUAAAGUUACACUGGAGCGCAAUAAAUGUUUGUUUAAAUUAAUGUAUUUGGAGGAUGUAUUUGGGUUUUUUCCAUGUGAAGAGUUGCCAAACUGGUUAGGUUUUACUGUGUUCUCUAUGAGAAAUAUGAAGUGGGUUCUCAUAAAGUCCAAAAGUUUUGUGAAAAGUUGGGCCCAUCCUGGCAUAUAGUAGGUACUCCAUAAAUAUUUGUUGAAUGAAUGAAAUCAGAGCCACAUGGAAAAUGAUGUUCCCAUGAAAAGCUCUGAUUUCUAUUCGGUGCAUUUAAUGUCCUAAUAGCUGACAUUUUGUAAGAUGAUAUGUUUUAUUGGCAACAGUCCUACAAUUCAGUAAAGUCACUGGCUCAUGGAAAUGUGUCUUUGAUAGUUUAUUCAUUAAGCAAAUAUUUCCUGACUCCUACUCUGUUCUGGGCCUGGGCUCAGUCCUGGGGAUGCUGAGAAGGAGAGGUCUAAAUUGUUGAUCCUCUGUCAACAAAGACUCAUUGAGUGUCUCAAGCUCUGGCCACAGAAUGAAGGACAAGACAGCAAGGGCUUCUUGGCCCAUCUGGGAGGAUAAGCUACCUGGAAGUCUUAGUGCUAGAAGAUGGCUGUGCCACCCACGUAUGCUGAUCUUGGAAAAUCUGCCAGGGAUGUCUUCACCAAGGGCUACGGAUUUGGCUUAAUAAAGCUUGAUUUGAAAACAAAAUCUGAGAAUGGAUUGGAAUUUACAAGCUCAGGCUCAGCCAACACUGAGACCACCAAAGUGACGGGCAGUCUGGAAACCAAGUACAGAUGGACUGAGUACGGCCUGACGUUUACAGAGAAAUGGAACACCGACAAUACACUAGGCACCGAGAUUACUGUGGAAGAUCAGCUUGCACGUGGACUGAAGCUGACCUUCGAUUCAUCCUUCUCACCUAACACUGGGAAAAAAAAUGCUAAAAUCAAGACAGGGUACAAGCGGGAGCACAUUAACCUGGGCUGCGACAUGGAUUUCGACAUUGCUGGGCCUUCCAUCCGGGGUGCUCUGGUGCUGGGUUAUGAGGGCUGGCUGGCCGGCUACCAGAUGAAUUUUGAGACUGCAAAAUCCCGAGUGACCCAGAGCAACUUUGCAGUUGGCUACAAGACUGAUGAAUUCCAGCUUCACACUAAUGUGAAUGACGGGACAGAGUUCGGCGGCUCCAUUUACCAGAAAGUGAACAAGAAGUUGGAGACCGCUGUCAAUCUUGCCUGGACAGCAGGAAACAGUAACACGCGCUUCGGAAUAGCAGCCAAGUAUCAGAUUGACCCUGACGCCUGCUUCUCGGCUAAAGUGAACAACUCCAGCCUGAUAGGUUUAGGAUACACUCAGACUCUAAAGCCAGGUAUCAAACUGACACUGUCAGCUCUUCUGGAUGGCAAGAAUGUCAAUGCUGGUGGCCACAAGCUUGGUCUAGGACUGGAAUUUCAAGCAUAAAUGAAUACUGUACAAUUGUUUAAUUUUAAACUAUUUUGCAGCAUAGCUACCUUCAGAAUUUAGUGUAUCUUUUAAUGUUGUAUGUCUGGGAUGCAAGUAUUGCUAAAUAUGUUAGCCCUCCAGGUUAAAGUUGAUUCAGCUUUAAGAUGUUACCCUUCCAGAGGUACAGAAGAAACCUAUUUCCAAAAAAGGUCCUUUCAGUGGUAGACUCGGGGAGAACUUGGUGGCCCCUUUGAGAUGCCAGGUUUCUUUUUUAUCUAGAAAUGGCUGCAAGUGGAAGCUGAUAAUAUGUAGGCACUUUGUAAAUUCAUAUUGAGUAAAUGAAUGAAAUUGUGAUUUCCUGAGAAUCAAACCUUGGUUUCCUAACCCUAAUUGAUGAGAGGCUUGCUGCUUGAUGGUGUGUACAAACUCACCUGAAUGGGACUUUUUUAGACAGAUCUUCAUGACCUGUUCCCACCCCAGUUCAUCAUCAUCUCUUUUACACCAAAAGGUCUGCAGGGUGUGGUAACUGUUUCUUUUGUGCCAUUUUGGGGUAGAGAAGGUGGAUGUGAUGAAGCCAAUAAUUCAGGACUUAUUCCUUCUUGUGUUGUGUUUUUUUUUUUUUUGCCCUUGCACCAGAGUAUGAAAUAGCUUCCAGGAGCUCCAGCUAUAAGCUUGGAAGUGUCUGUGUGAUUGUAAUCACAUGGUGACAACACUCAAUCUAAAUUGGACUUCUGUUGUAUUCUCACCACUCAAUUUGUUUUUUUAGCAGUUUAAUGGGUACAUUUUAGAGUCUUCCAUUUUGUUGGAAUUAGAUCCUCCCCUUCAAAUGCUGUAAUUAACAACACUUAAAAAAACUUGAAUAAAAUAUUGAAACCUCA